GGGCGGCCUUGCAGCUUACAACCCGACAUCAGUCCUCACCCUAUAAGCUGGUCUAAAAUGGGUGCUUCUGGACUGGUCACUAUGGAUGCGACACGGACCUCUUGAUAUUGACAUAAUAUGAUCAGAUCUCAGAAAUGUCAAAAAUAUUUCUACAAAUGUGUUCAGACUGACGUCAGAAAAUUCUGAUCGGUUGCCCAAAGCUUCUCUGUCAACGCUGUAAGACGGCGCCUCAAGCGGUAGGUGUACGUUUCAUUAAUAAGGAACUCGGCGCGCGGUGAGACAGAGGCGAGAGUAUUUCAGUGGAUCAGAUGAAUAGACCGUGAGCCGUGACCAGCAUCUUCAUCCUCAGAAAUGCACAUGCUAUCGCUGGAGACACCUUGAGCUGUAGCUUCACUCGUUUUCGAUCAAGAAGCAAGUAGGCUAUAGCUGCUUAAUGGUUUGGUGGCAUCAUUUUUGCUGUUCCACGCUUUCAAUAUUGCUGCAUCAUAAAAUAUGCCAGCUACUCUAAAAGGUCUCUCAAGGAUAAUUUGGUAGAGAGGCAUUUGUUGGCUGAUCUGGCUACAUUGUUACUUCACGCUGUGCUCUGCCUCUGUCAGGGACUCCCACUGCCUGCAUCACAUGCCCAGCUCAGCUAGUCCAGCAUCACAUGCCCAGCUCAGCUAGUCCAGCAUCACAUGCCCAGCUCAGCUAUUGCAGGCCAUUGAGAAGAUAGCCACAUACUGCUACCACCAUGGUCCAUCCUGACAAGACCGCCCGGACCUCAGUGCCCAAGAAGGGCUCCAGGAAGCGGAAGCUGCGUCCCCAGGGCCUGCCCUCCCCGGCCCUGUGCUGCGCCUGCGGGCUCUGCAUUAUGCUGGCGGGCAUCAACAUAACCCUGGUGGGGGCCUUCGCGUUUGGCAAGUUCGUGCCCACCAAGAAUCCGCCCAUCAUCAUUGGGCCGCUGCUGCUGCUGGUGGCGCUGUCAUUCUUCGCCGCGUGCUGUGUGUGCAGCCGCCGACCCCCGGCGCACGUGUCCCGUGGCAACACGGGCGGCGGGGGCGGUGGCGCCGACGGCUGGGGCCUGAUGCGCAUGGGUGGCGCGGCCUUCGAGAUGGAGACGAGCGAGCACACGCUGCAGGACACCACCGCCGUGCAGCUCAGUCCCACCAACUCCCUCAGCUCCUCCAACAAGUCCAGCCCCGGCCACGACACACCUGCUGGCGACCCACCCCACCAGCUGGUCGCCACAGAGCUCAACGACUCACCGACGCCCACCGAUGGUCUGAUUGGCGGAGCCAACUGUGUCUCAGCCUCGGUGCCUCUCUGUCAGGAACACAUAGCCGUUGAACUUGGCCCCACACAUGAUGCUUCUGACACAUAAAGUGGUUACAGUUGCAUGGGUGUCUGACAUCCAGGAAAAAUCACACUGUUCUCAAGCAAUCUGGCUUAAAGUCUUUGGCAAAAGAAAAAAGAACUGUGAUGGUUCUUUAAACAUCACAAAGGUUAGGAGCAGUUGUAGUUUGCCUGGGAAAAGUACACAUAGUUGCUGUAAAAAUAAAAUUACUUAUAACACUCGUUUUAGGCAGAUUUCAAGUCUCUUGUUUACAGGGAUACAGAGAGAUAUGCUGCCUGAAUUAUCCUCAGACAUUUUCAAACUUGCCUUACUAAGCCUCUUUCUUCUGUUGUGCUGCUGAGAAACAAGUGACUGGAGACCAGUGAUAUUUUCUUGUUUGGGAGUCAUUGGCUCACCAUGUCACCCUGACCCCACAGUGGUGAGGGGAAGAGCAUGGCUCAGGAGAAAAUAGUCCUUCAACAAUGAUCAUUCAUGGACACAGGAACUGAAUCUGAUACAAGCCCUUUGGAAAUAGGGGACAUUGUACAUUAUGUGAAGGGGACAAAAAGAGUUCCUCUGUGCCUCCUCAUUGGAUGCCAAGCAUUGUGGUGAAAUUGGUGACACUGCUAAGCAGAUAUGACAUUAUCUGUCUGUGUCACUUGCAGCAGAAACAGAGAAUGCACUUCUGUGGAAGAAGCAGGCAAAAGACUAUUCUGUGUUAACACAAUAUGUGAUGCCCAUUGAAGCAAAGAUUGUAAUUUAACUCUAUUUUGAAAUGGAGGUGACUGUAAUCUCAAGGUAUUCACCUUAAAAAAAAGAUAAGUGUGUCCUGUUUUCAUUUGUGGUGAAGUACUGCCUUGCUGUUGUGAAAGCAUUUUCCUCCUUUUCAUUUGUUUGCCUUGUUUCAUUUAUUUAUUUAUAAAUAUUUUUUACUUACUAUAGAAAGUGUGCUGGCAAAUAUGUGAUGGUGUGUGAUGGUCAUAUGCACUUCUAGUUCUAUUAUUGAUUAUGCGUUGAUUAAUCUAAAAAUGUCCUACAAAGCAUAAUUGC